AUGGGAUCAGAAGCACAUAAUACUAACAACAUCGAUCGCAGUAACAAAGGAAAAUUGUCCGCUGAAAAAGCAGAAUAUCGGAUCUUGACAGAUCUGUCACUUCCUAGAGUCAAAGCUGCCUUUGUCGUUCUCGUUAGAAAUAGCGAACUACAUGCGCUCCGUUCAUCCAUGCGAUACUUGGAAGAUCGAUUCAAUCACAAAUAUAAUUAUCCCUGGAUAUUUCUUAAUGACGAACCUUUUACGGAAGAAUUCAAAAACCUUACUUGCGCUAUGACAAAUGCUGAUGUGCAGUAUGGAUUGGUGCCUAAGGAGCAUUGGAGUUAUCCAGAUUGGAUUGAUCAAGAUUUGGCAGCAAAACGUAGACAGAUGAUGGUAGAUCAAAAAAUACUAUACGGUGGCAGCGAGAGUUAUCGACACAUGUGUCGUUAUCAAUCAGGAUUCUUCAUGCUGCAUCCACUUUUAGACGAAUUAGACUACUACUGGCGCGUAGAACCAGGCGUCAAAUUCUCUUGCGAUAUAGAUUAUGAUCCAUUUCGACUUAUGCAAGAAAGGGAUCUUAAAUAUGGGUUUACGAUCGCAUUACGCGAGUUCAGAGCCACCGUACCAACUCUUUGGAGAACUACUUUAAACUUUGCAAAGGCAUAUCCACAGCAUAUUUAUCCUCAAACAAGUCCAGAUAGUUUAUUUCGCUUUGUAACUGAUGACAAAGGUGAGAAGUACAACUUGUGUCAUUUUUGGAGUAAUUUUGAGAUUGCUUCUCUGAAAUUCAUGCGAUCUGAAGCGUACCAGUCUUACUUUAGAUAUCUUGAUAAAGCUGGAGGAUUCUUUUAUGAAAGAUGGGGUGACGCACCAGUGCACUCUUUAGCUGCAGCUAUGAUGCUGAAAAAAAGCGAGGUGCAUUGGUUUUAUGACAUUGGAUACAAGCAUGAUUUCUUUGAGCAUUGCCCCACAGAGCAGAGAUGGCUAACGAACAGCAAAUGCUACUGUGAUCCGGCUACUUCUUUUGACUUCAAUGGCGGUUCCUGUACUAAUUUAUUUCUAGAUGUGACGAACAGAACAGCAUCAAGCUAUAUUGUUACUCAACCAGAUGAAGAAUAUUAA